ACCCCCCCGGACCGGAGGAACCCGGGGCCGAGCGAGGCGCCGAGAACGACGGCGGAGAGUUUCUUCUCUCCUCCCUCCCUCCUCCUCCUCCUCCUCCCCGCGGCCGUCAGCGGAGGGAGAAAGGGCCCCGCCGGGAGCACGGAGCAGCCGGGCGGCCCCCACCCCCCGCGCUCCCCUCCUCCCCCUUUAUUGCCCUUUGUGUGCGUUCGCCGCCUGCGCCGCUCCGGGGCCGGCCGGGAGCCGGGGGGCCGCUGAGAACCUGCAGUGCUCCGGUAUCCCUGGCAGCAGCUGGGAGUGCAUUCACUUCAGAGAUCCUUACUGACGAUGGUGAUCAUUGGAGGUAUAAAUACUGAAGGAUACAUCAUUUACAGACAAGAUCUUUGAAGUUAAUUUCCUUCAGACAGCAGUGGAAGAAGAGGCUAAAAUCAAAACAUAACAGACAGGAAAACAUAAAGACUAGAAGAAACAGCACUUCACUUUUUCUUUCCAAAAAUUCAGAGAACCACCAAAAUCUGGUGGAUUACCUCCACCGAUCUUCUGGAUUUGAGAUGUAACCUGGCGUGCAAGAGUUCCUCACAUGAGGGGUGCAGUAAGACAAGGAGCCAGCCUCAAUGGACAUAGCCCAUUAUCGAGAUCUCAACAGGAGAAUAGCUAAAGCAAAUCUCCAAGUGCAUCAAGAAUUCUAAGAAGACUAAAUAUCCCCAAGGUAACUAGAAGCAAGACCAUGAGGAGUAAUGUAGCUUGGAAUGAACGUGAUGAUAAUAUCCACCUUAAAUCUAAUGCUUAACGAGGAAAAAGGCUGUUUUGUUGGAGCCAGGAAGUCAUGAAAGAAAGUCAAGAAGAGAACUUGGAUAAUGAACAGAAGAUAAAAAGAAAACAAAAAGAAUGUGGCAUAUAAAGGGUAUAAUACCUGGAGGUAUUAGAUCUGACUCAUAUUUAUAAAAAUGAGACGAGCUUUCACAAAAUACAAGUUAUCUUAGUCAUCAAGCUUGGAACCAUGCUGUUGAACUAGAAAUUCUCCUUUUCCCCAUUCUCCUUUCUGACAGGUAACAAAGGAUUGGUGAAUUAUGAUUUUCCCAAGUUGGAAGCACUAAUUUUUAUCUAUAUAGUUCGUCCUUAUGAAUAUAUAAGGAGUUAAACAUUGCAUAUUUAAUGUGGAUUAUAAUGGGAAACUGACUCAUUAACAAAAAUGGCCACUUUUAAGGACUUGGUUUCAAACUGAGCCGGAGCCUCCCAAUGCACUUUGUACAAUUUGGGGAAAGAUGUACUGAAUGGCCUUCUUUGGGAGGCCAUGAUGACAUGUAGUAAAAGGAUAUCAUCUUACUGUUGAUAUCUUUGAAGACUCAUAAACAGAAACAGAAAAAUGAAUGGUGGAAAGGAGUGUGACGGAGGGGACACGGAUGGAGGGCCACCAGCAGUGCAAGUUCCCGUUGGUUGGCAGCGACGGGUGGACCAAAGUGGAGUGCUCUAUAUCAGUCCCAGUGGGUCUUUAUUAUCCUGCUUGGAGCAGGUGAAGACUUACUUGCUGACUGAUGGAACCUGCAAAUGUGGCCUAGAAUGUCCUCUUGUUCUUCCCAAGGUCUUUAAUUUUGAUCCUGGAGCUGCUGUGAAGCAGAGAACUGCUGAAGAUGUUAAAGCAGAUGAGGAUGUCACCAAACUAUGCAUACAUAAAAGAAAAAUUAUUGCUGUGGCUACACUUCAUAAAAGCAUGGAAGCACCACAUCCUUCACUAGUUCUAACUAGUCCUGGUGGUGGAACAAGUGCAACUCCGGUAGUUCCUACUCGAGCAGCAACUCCAAGAUCAAUGAGGAAUAAAUCACAUGAAGGAAUUACAAAUUCUGUGAUGCCAGAAUGUAAGACUCCUUUCAAGUUGAUGAUAGGGGCAUCUAAUGCCAUGGGUAGGCUUUAUGUGCAAGAAAUGGCUGGAAGCCAGCAACAAGAACUUCAUUCUGUCUAUCCUAGGCAGAGAUUGGGUAGUAAUGAACUUGGACAGAAGUCUCCAUAUCGUGGCAGUCAUGGUGGGAUGCCCAGUCCAGCUUCAUCAGGAUCACAGAUAUAUGGAGACGGCUCAAUCUCUCCUAGGACUGACCCACUUGGAAGCCCUGAUGUUUUCACAAGGAACAAUCCCAGUUUUCAUGGAGCACCCAACUCAAGUCCUAUUCAUAUGAACAGGACACCUCUGUCUCCGCCAUCAGUAAUGCUACAUGGUUCUCCCAUACAGUCAUCCUGUGCAAUGGCUGGAAGGACUAAUAUACCUCUUUCCCCAACCUUGACCACAAAAAGCCCUGUAAUGAAAAAACCCAUGUGUAAUUUUUCAACUGGUAUGGAAAUACCACGAGCAAUGUUUCACCAUAAACCACCCCAAGGUCCACCUCCUCCUCCUCCACCGCCUUCUUGUGCUCUUCAGAAAAAGCCAUUAACAUCAGAAAAGGAUCCACUUGGCAUACUUGACCCUAUUCCUAGCAAACCAGUCAAUCAGAAUCCUGUUAUCAUUAACCCAACUACUUUCCAUUCAAAUGUCCACUCUCAGGUACCCGUGAUGAAUGUAAGCAUGCCUCCUGCUGUCGUCCCUUUGCCAAGUAAUCUUCCUUUGCCAACUGUAAAACCUGGUCACAUGAACCAUGGAAGUCAUGUUCAAAGAGUUCAGCAUUCAGCUUCUACUUCCCUAUCUCCUUCACCAGUGACAUCCCCAGUUCACAUGAUGGGAUCCGGGAUUGGAAGGAUAGAGGCUUCUCCCCAAAGAUCACGUUCUUCUUCCACAUCAUCAGACCAUGGAAAUUUCCUGCUGCCUCCAGUAGGACCGCAGCCAUCCUGUACUGGUAUUAAAGUUCCUCCCAGGUCCCCACGGUCAACAAUAGGGUCGCCAAGACCAUCUAUGCCAUCUAGCCCCUCCACCAAGCAUGAUGGACUUAAUCAAUACAAGGACAUCCCUAACCCAUUAAUUGCUGGAAUGAGUAAUGUAUUAAAUCCUCCAAACAAUGCAGUUUUUUCCACUGCAUCGGCUGGAAGUGGUUCUUUGAAGAGUCAGCCUGGUUUGCUGGGAAUGCCUUUAAAUCAGAUCUUGAACCAGCACAAUGCUGCCUCUUUUCCAGCAAGUAGUUUACUCUCAGCAGCAGCCAAAGCACAGCUAGCAAAUCAAAAUAAACUUGCUGGUAACAACAAUAACAGCAGUAGCAAUUCUGGACCUGUUGCCAGCGGUGGCAACAACGAAGGACAUAGCACUUUAAAUACCAUGUUCCCUCCUGCUGCCAAUGUGCUUCUACCAACGACUGAAGGGCAAAGUGGUCGAGCAGCACUGAGAGAUAAAUUGAUGUCUCAGCAAAAAGAUCCUCUGAGAAAACGAAAGCAGCCAACCACCACAGUGUUGAGUUUGCUGAGACAGUCUCAGUUGGAGAGUUCUGGAGUUUCCAAAGCUGGAUCUGAUUUAGUAAGAAAGCAAAGUCAAAGCUCUUUUCCCAUCAGCUCUAUGUCCCAGUUACUUCAGUCCAUGAGUUGUCAAAGCUCUCACAUGAGCAGCAAUAGUACUACCAGCUGUGGGAGCUCAAAUACUGUUUUACCUUGCUCUGGUAACCAGAUGCAUUUUGCAGACACCAGUAUGAACCCUGGCACUCUUCAGAACUCACUGGCACAGAGUUUACCGUUACGAGGGGAAGGUAUGCACUGCCAGAACACAAACACUAACUUUGUCCACGGUACUGGCCCUGCCACCACCAACCAUCUCGCAGGUUUAAUAAAUCAGAUGCAGGCUAGCGGGAACUGUGGGAUGCUCAGUCAGUCAGGAAUGGCUUUAGGAAACUCAUUACAUCCGAACCCACCUCAGCCAAGAAUCCAGGCAUCCUCCACUCCAGUGAUACCAAACAGCAUUGCUAGCAGCUGUAAUCAAACAAGUCCUGAAGCAGGGGGUUCGGGACCAUCAUCAUCAAUAGCCAUAGCUGGCACCAGCCAACCUGCCAUCACCAAGACAACAUCUGUUCUUCAAGAUGGUGUUAUAGUCACUACUGCAGCUGGAAACCCACUUCAGAGCCAGCUGCCCAUUGGGGGUGAUUUCCCUUUCGCUGGCCACGAACACUCGCUUCAUUUCCCGCAGAACAGCUCUUCAAACAACAAUCUUCCACCUUCUUUGAAUCAAAACCUCCUCAGUUCUCUACCUAUCUCUUUGCCAGUGAAUCAGCAACAUCUCCUAAGCCAGAACCUAUUAAAUAUACUGCAGCCUUCAGCAGGAGAAGGCAAGUCUGAGGUCAACCUCAACCCUUUAGGUUUUCUCAACCCGAAUGUAAAUGCUGCUUUAGCUUUUCUCUCCAGUGACGUGGAUGGGCAGGUAUUACAGCCUGUUCAUUUUCAGCUUCUAGCAACCCUCCUCCAGAACCAAGCCCAAGCAGCUGCCAUGCUUCCCCUACCAUCUUUCAAUCUGACCAUCUCAGAUUUGUUGCAACAGCAAAAUAACCCUUUGCCCUCAGUAACACAGAUGACAGCCCCACCUGACCAUUUGCCAAGCAAUCAGUCAGAAAGCAACAGGGUUGAGACCCUUUUAAGCAACCCCUUGGGGAACCCUUUACCAAGCUUUUCAGGCACUGACACUACUUCUAACCCCCUGCUCCUCCCCGCUGUCUCUGGGGCCUCAGCAUUAAUGGCCUUGAAUCCCCAGCUGGUGGGAGGUGUCCUGAACUCUGCAUCGGGCAACACUGCUAAUCAUCCAGAGGUUUCCAUAGCCACCUCCUCCCAAGCAACCACUACCACAACCACUACAUCAUCAGCAGUGGCAGCACUGUCUGUCUCUACCCUGGGUGGUGGGACAGCAGUGGUGUCAAUGGCAGAAACAUUGCUGAACAUAUCUAAUAAUGCUGGGAAUACAUCUGGUCCAGCUAAACUCAACAGUAACUCUGUGGUGCCACAGCUACUUAACCCUCUACUGGGGACAGGUCUGCUUGGUGACAUGUCAUCUAUAAACACUACUUUGAAUAACCAUCAACUGAGUCAUCUCCAGUCACUAUUAAACAACAAUCAGAUGUUUCCUUCAAAUCAGCAGCAACAGCACCUUCUCCAGGGGUAUCAGAACAUGCAGGGCUUUCAAGGCCAGCCCCCAAUUCCUGGCCCAGCUAACAACCCCAACCCCAUGGCAUGUCUGUUCCAAAAUUUCCAGGUGAGAAUGCAGGAAGAUGCUGCUGCCCUAAACAAAAGAAUGAUCACUCAGAUGGGAAUGGCACCGGUUCCUGAGAGCUCCAACGCUAUGCUUCCUCCUUUCCAAGAAACAUCUUGUGAUUUGCAGCAAAGAACUGAACCAGCUCUUGGUCAACAGGCAAAGGAUAACCUCAAUGUCGCUGCUCAGGGUGAUACAUCAGUGGAUGCGAUCUACAAAGCAGUCGUAGAUGCUGCAAGCAAGGGAAUGCAAGUAGUGAUCACCACUGCUGUUAGCAGUACCACACAAAUGAGUCCCAUUCCAGCUUUGAGUGCCAUGAGUGCCUUCACAGCCUCAAUUGGUGACCCGCUAAAUCUCUCUAGUGCUGUCAGUGCAGUAAUCCAUGGAAGAAACAUUGCUGUUUCUGAUCACGAAGGUAGGAUAAGGAACACUAGAGGAACGCGAGUACUGAAGAAUUCAGAGCAUGGUAAAAAUUCAACUGAAGGGGAUGGGUAUGAAUAUUACAAACCAACAAGUUGUAACACGCCCAAAAAACAGUGGGAAGGGGAGCAAAGUCCUGUCAGUGAGAUAAAUAGGUGGAAAUGUGAGGAGUUUCUAGACCACUCCACCCAUAUCCAUAGUAGUCCUUGUCACGAAAGGCCCAACAACAUCUCCACACUGCCAUUAUUGCAAGGCGAGCAGCAUCAGAUACUGUUAUCACAGCGAAACUGUCAAAGUGAUAAAAUGUUGGAGGAGAAUUUCAGGUAUAACAAUUACAAAAGAACUAUGAUGAGUUUUAAGGAAAGACUGGAGAACACUGUGGAACGAUGUGCACACAUAAAUGGAAAUAGGCCUCAGCAGAACAGAGGAUACGGGGAGUUGCUGAACACUUCUAAACAAGACCUGAUUCUGGAAGAGCAAUCUCCGAGCUCCUCAAAUAGUUUGGAAAGUUCGUUAGUUAAAGACUACAUCCAUUACAAUGGAGAUUUUAAUGCCAAAAGCAUUAAUGGGUGUGUGCCUAGCCCUUCAGAUGCUAAAAGCAUCAGUAGUGAAGAUGACCUAAGGAAUCCAGAUUCCCCUUCUUCCAAUGAGCUGAUACAUUACAGGCCGAGGACGUUUAAUGUUGGCGACUUGGUCUGGGGCCAAAUCAAAGGACUGACUUCAUGGCCUGGAAAGCUAGUAAGAGAAGAAGACGUUCACAAUUCAUGUCAACAAAACGCUGAGGAGGGGAAGGUCUGGGUAAUGUGGUUUGGUGUUCAUACCUUCACUCAGGUGGAGCCAGAGAAGUUGAAGACACUAACAGAAGGUCUAGAAGCUUACAACCGAGCCAGGAAAAGGAACAGAAAAAGUGGAAAGCUAAAUAACCAUUUAGAAGCUGCUAUACAUGAGGCCAUGAGUGAACUAGACAAAAUGUCUGGGAAUGUCCACCAAAUCCCACAGGGAGACAGACAAGUGAAGCCUCCAAAACCCAAGAGGAGGAAGAUCUCUAGAUAACAUUGAAUGUCUUUGUUACUGGUCCAGUACUUAUCAAAACGAACGUGCACAUAAGUCUGUAUGUAGGUAUUGAUAUAGACGUGGUUAUAUCAAUAUUUAUAUGAAGACGGCCGCCGCCGCGGGGUGCUACGUGGAGUGUGGUACAGUGUGUGGAUGAGCAGGAGGGAGAGAGGUUGCUGGAAAAGCCAAUCAGAAAUCUGGGAAGGUUACAGUAACCAUGUCAGAUGAUUACUGAGGGGUUUUUUUGUUUUUUUGUUUUUUUUUCUAUAAUACUAAAAUUGUGAUUAUAAGGAAUAGUCCAAAUGUUUCUGAGAAAUUUUCAUUGUGUAUAUAGAUAAUACAGAAUUUCAUGGUGAUAUCUGAAAUGUAAAUAUUGUACAAUAUUGUCAUGUACAAGCGUACCUAAUGCACACUUUAUCUUUUAUUGUACAAAAAAAUAGUGUACAAAAUUCUUUGGUUUCUAUUGAGUACACAUACAAGAGACUACCAGUGUAAAGUGAUAAAUAAAAAUACAGCCUAAAUGCUUUUA